AUAAAAUGGAAAUGAAAUAAAAAAGAUAAAAGAAAAGCGCUCCGUAUAAUCUCUGUGUAUGGUUGGAAUAUAUAAAUAUUUUCUGUAUGGUCUGUAUACACAUUACCUGGUCACCUUCCAUGUUCUUGCAAGUUGGAAGACCUGAACUUAGUAAAACUGGAUUCUUGAGCUUCAAAUUCCACAUGAGUUUAUCAUAAUGUAAUUUUUUCCAGCUAAAGGUGAAAGCUUUUAACGGAUCCUAAGAGAAGCAUCGUAAGCCUCCAAAUCUUUUCAUUUGAGUUCACUCAUUUAUUCUUAAUUAAUGACUGUGUCCUUCAUGAUAUUGUUCAUCAAGAUGGUAUUUCCUGAUCGAAGAGAGUUUAAAAUUGUAAACUUGUUGGUUUAGAGUGUUAUUUACUUAUAGCUGCAAACCUCUGAUGAACUAUUUAAAAAAAAAAAUUAUUCUGCCUUUGUUUGGGAUUGAUUCUCUAGGUGAAGAGUCGGUCUAGUUGCUAAGUUCUAGGGUUUUUUUUAACAAGAGAGCUAUAGGUAGGUAAGUAAGAAGGAGAGGUGCAAAACUUAAGGCAACGGACUCUCCAUCUCUAGGAAGAUUGUGUCCAGGAUCUGGUAAUCCAAGUCUUGCUUCUCCUGGUUGACUCGUAGCCUGUGCCAAAGGCAAAUAUCUCCAUUGAGUGGCUGUAACAUCUCCGGUUUACAAACUAUUACAAAUAAAGAAGGCAUUGAGUGAUUUUUUAGAAGAAUGAACUUCAUCCACAUUAGUUUAUAGCUUCGUCAAAAGGUUUAUUCUCCGAAUCUCCUGUUCGUUGAAUCUCUUCUCUACCGCCGAACAAGGGAGUGGCUGAAUCACGGGACAGAGGGAGAGGUUUCAGUCCUUAGCAACUUUGCUCUCCACGCCUCUACGAUUUCUGAUAUGGAGUAGUUGGUUCAUGUAAGAAAGUGUUCCAACUGAAUUAACCUUUUUGAAAUGGAGUCGUGCAAUUGCAUUGACCCACAAUGGCCUGCCGACGAGUUACUAAUGAAGUAUCAGUAUAUAUCGGAUUUCUUCAUCGCUCUUGCCUAUUUUUCCAUCCCGGUCGAGUUGAUAUACUUUGUCAAGAAAUCAGCAGUUUUUCCUUACAGAUGGGUGCUUUUGCAAUUUGGUGCAUUCAUCAUCCUUUGUGGGGCGACACACUUUAUCAACUUAUGGACAUUUGGGAUGCAUACAAGAACAGUUGCCAUAGUCAUGACAACCGCAAAGCUUUUGACGGCAUUAGUUUCAUGUGCGACUGCACUUAUGCUUGUACACAUCAUUCCGGAUUUAUUAAGCGUCAAAACAAGGGAGCUUUUUUUGAAAAACAAGGCUGCAGAGCUUGAUAGGGAGAUGGGCCUUAUCCGUACACAAGAGGAGACUGGCAGACAUGUCAGAAUGCUUACUCAUGAAAUAAGAAGCACUCUUGACCGGCAUACUAUUCUGAAGACUACCCUUGUGGAGUUGGGAAGGACGUUAGGUUUGGAAGAGUGUGCAUUAUGGAUGCCUACCCGUACUGGACUGGAGCUGCAACUUUCAUACACUCUUCGACACCAAAACCCUGUUGGAUUUACUGUUCCAAUUCACCUUCCUGCCAUCAGUCAGGUCUUCAGUACAAACCGUGCAGUGAAGAUAUCACCGAAUUCUCCUGUAGCAAGACUACGGCCUGCUGGGAAGUACAUGCCUGGAGAGGUGGUUGCCAUCCGUGUCCCUCUUCUUCAUCUCUCUAAUUUCCAAAUUAAUGACUGGCCUGAACUCUCAACAAAGCGCUAUGCUUUGAUGGUCUUGAUGCUCCCUUCUGAUAGUGCAAGACAAUGGCACGUCCAUGAGUUGGAGCUUGUUGAAGUUGUCGCUGACCAGGUUGCUGUUGCGCUCUCUCAUGCUGCAAUUUUAGAAGAGUCAAUGAGGGCGAGGGAUCUUCUCGUGGAGCAGAAUAUUGCCCUUGACUUGGCAAGAAGAGAAGCCGAGACAGCUGUCCGUGCUCGUAAUGAUUUCUUGGCUGUUAUGAACCAUGAGAUGAGAACUCCCAUGCAUGCAAUAAUAGCACUCUCUUCAUUGUUACAAGAAACAAAGUUGAGCCCCGAACAGCGUCUCAUGGUAGAAACAAUUCUAAAGAGCAGCAAUCUUCUGGCAACUCUCAUCAAUGAUGUCUUGGAUCUUUCCAGACUAGAGGACGGUAGCCUUCAACUUGAGAUAGCCACGUUUAACCUUCAUGCACUUUUCCUAGAGGUCCAGAAUUUGAUCAAGCCGAUUGCGUCGGUUAAGAAACUGUCUGUCAAUCUGAAUUUGUCUUUAGAUUUACCUGAGUUUGCUAUUGGUGAUGAAAAGCGGCUCAUGCAAGUGCUUUUGAAUGUUAUUGGCAAUGCUGUAAAGUUCUCCAAAGAAGGCAGUAUAUCGAUUUCUGCUUUCGUCGCUAAAUCUGAAUUUUUAAGAGAUCCUCAAGCUCCCGACUUCUUCCCGGUGCUAACUGAAAAUAACUUUUAUUUACGUGUACAGGUUAAAGAUAUGGGAGUGGGAAUUAACCCUCUUGAAAUUCCCAAGAUCUUUAGCAAGUUUGCGCAAAACCAAACAUUGACCCCAACUAAAAACUCUGGUGGUUCUGGGCUUGGCCUUGCCAUUUGUAAGAGGUUUGUCAAUAUAAUGGAAGGACAAAUAUGGAUGGAAAGUGAAGGUGUUGGAAAGGGAGCUACUGCUAUUUUUAUUGUCAAACUUGGAAUUCCUGGACUCUCAAAUGAACUAAAACCCUCCUUUGGUCAAAAACACCCACCCAAUCAUGCUCAUACAAUCUUUUCAGGGCUCAAAGUCUUGCUUAUGGAUGAUAACAGUAUGAGCAGGACAGUGACCAAGGGGCUACUGGCGCACCUCGGCUUUGAUGUAACAACUGUCUAUUCUGGAGAUGAAUGCUUGAGAGUUGUUAACCAUGAACACAAGAUCGUAAUCAUAGACAUGUCCAUGGCAGGCGUAGGUGGAUAUGAGCUUCUUUCUAAUCAGAUACAUGAGAAGUUCUCAAGACGCCAAGAGAGGCCAUUCAUUGUUGGCCUAAUAGGAACUACAGACCGAGUGAUGAAAGAAAGAUGCUUGAGGGCGGGUAUGGAUGGAGUAAUACUCAAACCUGUUUCUGUGGAGAAAAUGAGAAAUGUUUUAACCGGGCUUUUUGAGCAUGGGGUUGUACUUGACAUGCAGUAGGAUAGGAGGAAGUUGUACUUCAAGGAUAUACUCUGGCAAUGAUAUGAAUGCACCUUGGAGGUGUGUAUAUACGAAUUAGCACUCCGGCAAUGUGGAGAAGUUUGUGGAUCCAACUGUUUACAACUGGAAAAUGAAGGUUGGGUGGAAAAACUAAAGGCCCCUUUGAUUUGCAGAGAAGCAAGAUUUUUCUUCAAGUUAUUCUUGGAAGUGUUUGAAUCUACUAUCUUGGAUCACCUUCACUUAGAAACCAAGAGUCCAAGACACCUUUAAUUUGUAGAUGAUGAUGCACAUAAACUCCUGGGAAGUAGCAUUUUCCCGUUUCCAGAACGUGAACGGAAACUCCUACUUUCCAGGUUCAAGUUAGGGAAAAAUUUGACAUUACCAUGUGUUGUUUUUCACGGUCCCCGUUUUUUUGGUUUCCUACAAUAUAGGCUUCAGAAAUGCUUUAAGAAGUCAUAAGUCAAUGUGCAUCAGUACAUGCAUUUCUCUUCUAUGGAUGACACAUUUGCUCAUUCUCGAUUUACUUUGUACCACAUAUAUGUAUGACACUAAUUGAUUGUGUAUGGCGUGUUGAAGUGAAUUUUCACUUUAGUACCG